UCCCAAUUCCAAUUCAUUCUCCCACAGUUCCCAAAUCCACACCUAAACCCUAAAACCAGAGAGACCUUGAAUUUGAGCUUCACCGAGAACAUGGGAAACUCUUGCUGCUGCUUAUGCGCGUGCAUCGACCAAGCCAGCAUCGGCGUCAUCGAGAGGUGGGGCCGCUUCCAGCACCUCGCCGAGCCCGGCUUCCACUUCCUCAACCCCUGCGACGGUCAAUGGGUCGCCGGAAUCCUCUCCACCAGAAUCCAAUCCCUCGACGUCAAAAUCGAGACCAAGACCAAGGAUAAUGUGUUUGUGCACCUGGUGUGCUGCAUUCAGUACCGGGUGGUGAAGCAGCACGCUGAUGAUGCUUUUUACGAGCUGCAAAACCCGAAGGAGCAGAUUCAGGCUUAUGUGUUUGAUGUUGUUAGGGCUCUGGUGCCGAGAAUGACAUUGGAUGAAGUGUUUGAACAGAAGGGUGAGGUUGCUAAAUCUGUGAUGGAGGAACUCGGGAAGGUUAUGAAAGAGUAUGGAUACAGUAUCGAGCACAUGCUGAUGGUAGACAUCAUUCCAGAUGCUUCUGUACGCAAGGCGAUGAAUGAAAUCAAUGCAGCUCAAAGGCUCCAGCUUGCUAAUGUGUACAAAGGGGAGGCCGAGAAGGUGCUUCUGGUCAAAAGGGCAGAAGCUGAUGCUGAGGCUAAGUACCUUGGAGGAGUUGGUGUUGCCAGGCAGAGGCAGGCAAUCACGGAUGGCUUGAGGGAGAACAUCUUAAAUUUCUCACACAAGGUGGAAGGCACAUCAUCAAAGGAGGUGAUGGAUCUUAUCAUGGUCACACAGUACUUUGAUACAAUCAAAGACCUGGGAAACAAUUCAAAGAACACCACAGUCUUCUUACCUCAUGGUCCUGGCCACAUCAGAGAUAUCAGUGAUCAGAUACGCAAUGGGCUCUUGGAGGCAUCCAGCGCCAAACUCAAUGUUGACUAAAUAUGCCCAUGCCCUUUGUGUAAAGUUACCAUCUAAAUACCUUUUGGGCUAAACUCAAAGCUACAGAGAUAUGUUAGGGAUUUCAUAUAGGACCUAGUUAUGGCAAUCGAUCUGUCUAAAGUAAAAUUUUGGCCAAUGCUGGUUAGGAUCAAUUCUCAAUUACAUUUCUUCUGUGAUGAGCAUGGUCCUUGGUUCCACCAUGUGGAUGAUGCUUUGCAGUCUCAUUCUAUAGAGCUGUAAAUAAGUUUGGUAAUUCUUUUUCAGAGCUUCUGUGUUUUCAUG